CGCCUGACGGAGAAGUUCGUGCUGCUGCUGGUGUUCAGCGCCUUCAUCACGCUCUGCUUCGGGGCGAUCUUCUUCCUGCCCGACUCCUCCAAGCUGCUCAGCGGGGUCCUGUUCCACUCCAGCCCCGCCUUGCCGCCCGCCGCCGACCGCAAGCCCGGGCCCGGGGCGCGCGCCGAGGACGCCGAGGAGGGGCGAAUCUGGCACCGCGAGGAGGGCGCGCCCGCGGACCCCGUGCUCACCCUCCAGGACAACUUGGCCAGGAUCCGCGAAAACCACGAGCGGGCUCUCAGGGAAGCCAAGGAGACCCUACAGAAGCUGCCCGAGGAGAUCCAAAGAGACAUCCUGCUGGACAAGGAGAAGGUGGCACAGGACCAGGACCAGCAGCGUGACCGCGAGCAGUUCGGGGGGCUGCCGAACGUGGACUUCCAGCCCCCCAUCGGGGUGGAGAAUAGGGAACCCGCCGACGCCACGGUCUCUGAGAAGAGGGCAAAGAUCAAAGAGAUGAUGAAACAUGCUUGGAAUAAUUAUAAACGCUAUGCCUGGGGAUUAAAUGAACUGAAACCUAUAUCGAAAGAAGGCCAUUCAAGCAGUUUGUUUGGUAACAUCAAAGGAGCAACUAUAGUAGAUGCCUUGGAUACACUUUUCAUUAUGGGAAUGAAAGAUGAAUUUCAGGAAGCAAAAUCAUGGAUUGAAAAAAAUUUAGAUUUUAAUGUGAAUGCUGAAAUUUCUGUUUUUGAAGUGAAUAUACGCUUUGUUGGUGGACUGCUCUCAGCCUACUAUCUAUCUGGAGAAGAGAUAUUUCGAAAGAAAGCAGUGGAACUUGGGGUAAAAUUGCUACCUGCAUUUCAUACUCCCUCUGGAAUACCUUGGGCAUUGCUGAAUAUGAAAAGUGGUAUUGGGAGAAACUGGCCCUGGGCCUCUGGAGGCAGCAGUAUUUUGGCAGAGUUUGGAACCCUGCAUCUGGAGUUUAUGCACUUGAGCCACUUAUCAGGAAACCCCAUCUUUGCUGAAAAGGUAAUGAAUAUUAGAAAAGUAUUAAACAAACUGGAAAAACCAGAAGGCCUUUACCCUAACUAUCUGAACCCCAGUAGUGGACAGUGGGGUCAACAUCAUGUAUCAGUUGGAGGGCUUGGAGACAGCUUUUAUGAAUAUUUGCUCAAGGCCUGGCUAAUGUCUGACAAGACAGAUCUAGAAGCUAAGAAGAUGUAUUUUGAUGCUGUUCAGGCCAUUGAGACUCACUUGAUCCGCAAGUCAAGUGGGGGCCUGACAUACAUCGCAGAGUGGAAAGGAGGGCUCCUGGAGCACAAAAUGGGCCACCUGACCUGCUUUGCAGGAGGCAUGUUUGCACUGGGAGCAGACGGAGCUCCUGAAGCCUUGACCCAGCACUACCUUGAACUUGGGGCUGAAAUUGCCCGCACCUGUCAUGAAUCUUACAAUCGCACCUUUAUGAAACUGGGACCGGAAGCUUUCAGAUUUGAUGGUGGUGUUGAAGCCAUUGCUACCAGGCAAAACGAAAAAUAUUACAUCCUACGGCCAGAAGUUAUUGAGACUUACAUGUACAUGUGGCGUCUGACUCAUGAUCCGAAGUAUAGAAAAUGGGCUUGGGAAGCUGUGGAGGCCCUGGAAAGUCACUGCAAGGUGAACGGCGGCUACUCAGGCCUCAGGGAUGUUUACUUCAUUCAUGAGAAUUACGAUGAUGUCCAACAAAGUUUCUUCCUGGCAGAAACACUAAAAUAUUUGUACUUAAUAUUUUCUGAUGAUGAUCUUCUUCCACUGGAACAUUGGAUCUUCAACACUGAGGCACAUCUUCUCCCUAUACUCCGUGCAGACAAAAAGAAAGUUGAAGAGAAAUAAAAGACCUUUUUCUCAUUUCAUUCUGUUUCAUUCCUUCCAUUCCAUACCUUAAUCAUUAUUUUUUUCAGUGAUCAGCCAUAUGAUGAACUUUAUCCUAUGUCUGUGAUUAUUCUGAGUUCUAAAACUGUUUUGCAGUCUUUUAUGUUUAUUAUCAUAGGAAUCAAUUGGACCUACAUUCCUUAUUCCUUUUGUUAUUCAGCCAAUGAGUCCAUGGUUUUGUUUGUGUGUGUAUGUGUGUAUUUUUCUUUAAAUAAUCUCUUAUCUCUGGAAUUCAUGAAAGUAUGAUAUCACUUUCAUGAAACUGAGUAGUGGUAUGCCAAUGACCUCUUAAUUACAAUUUGAUUUGACUGCAAAAUUCUUUCCUCCUCUAUGAGGAGAUGAUGUCUGCUUUAAGCUGUAAUGUUUUGCCAUGUUGCAAAAAGCCAUAAUAAAUUAUUAAAACAG